UCAUCAUAUAGAUUCAAGUCAUCCUCCUCAAAACAGAGCACGUCUUCUGAACCCGAUCAUCAUCAUCAUCAUAAUCAAUCCGGGUCUUUAAUCCCUAGACUCGGUAGCAAGUAUCGAUCAUUGAGCUUUGAUUCGGGUCUCCUCGUGAUUGUUAAUAAUCAGAGGUUCGAGUCUCCGACAAGGUUGGUGAUGGCAACCUCUGCCUCAAACUCCGACAGGAAGAUCGUUACCGGUCCAGCCGGUUACGUUCUCGAAGACGUUCCUCAUUUCUCCGAUUACAUCCCAAACCCUCCUACAUAUCCAAAUCCAUUACAAGACAACGCUGCUUACUCUGUUGUUAAGCAGUACUUCGUUGAUGAGGAUGACACGGUUCCUCAGAAGAUCGUUGUUCAUCCUGAUAGUCCAAGAGGAACACAUUUCCGCAGAGCAGGACCACGUCAAAGGGUUUACUUUGAUUCGGAUGAUGUUGUUGCGUGCAUUGUUACAUGUGGUGGCUUGUGUCCAGGUCUUAAUACUGUGAUCAGAGAAAUCGUUUGUGGAUUGUCUUACAUGUAUGGUGUCAAGAAAAUCCUUGGAAUUGAGGGAGGUUACAGAGGCUUCUACGCUAGGAACACGAUCGAUUUGGAUUUGAAAACAGUGAAUGAUAUUCAUAAACGUGGAGGAACCAUCCUGGGGACUUCAAGAGGUGGUCACGACACUACCAAGAUAGUUGAUAGUAUUCAAGAUCGUGGGAUUAACCAGGUUUAUAUAAUCGGUGGAGAUGGAUCACAGAAAGGAGCAGCUGUUAUAUUCGAGGAGAUUAGGAGACGUGGACUCAAAGUUGCUGUUGCAGGGAUCCCCAAAACAAUCGACAAUGACAUUCCUAUUAUCGAUAGAUCGUUCGGGUUUGACACAGCUGUAGAAGAGGCUCAACGUGCUAUUAACGCAGCUCAUGUGGAAGCUACAAGCUUUGAGAAUGGUAUUGGUCUUGUCAAGUUAAUGGGACGUUAUAGUGGAUUCAUUGCGAUGUAUGCAACACUAGCCAGCAGAGAUGUGGACUGUUGCUUGAUCCCUGAAUCUCCAUUUUUUCUUGAAGGCAAAGGCGGACUUUUCGAGUUUAUAGGUAAACGGCUAAAGGAGAAUGGUCACAUGGUGAUUGUGAUAGCAGAAGGUGCUGGACAAGAUCUGUUGGCUGAAAGCAAUGAACAGUCCACAACCCUCAAAGAUGCUUCUGGAAACAAACUUCUACAAGACGUUGGCCUAUGGAUCUCCCAACGGAUCAAGGAUCAUUUUGCCAAGAAGAUGACCCUAAACCUGAAAUACAUAGAUCCAACCUACAUGAUAAGGGCUGUUCCGAGCAAUGCAUCAGACAAUGUAUGCUGCACGCUAUUAGCUCAAAGCGCGGUUCAUGGAGUGAUGGCUGGUUACAAUGGCUUCACCGUUGGCCUUGUUAAUGGCAGACAUACUUACAUUCCCUUCUAUAGGAUCACUGAGAAACAGAACAAGGUGGUGAUCACUGACAGAAUGUGGGCAAGGCUUUUGUCUUCGACAAACCAGCCUAGUUUCAUGAAGCACGAUGAUCACCACGAGCCAAACCAUUCUGGUGGUGAAGCAGGUGCCAUGAACUGGUGAAAACAACUCUCGUCUGACAAUCAUUUGUUUGGGAAAGAAAGUAAGGUUUCUUUAUUUUGAUAGAAGCUUCUCAAAAUGUUUUAUAAAAUCUUUCUUCACGCCAAAGAGAAAGAGAGAGAUAUACAUUUCCUCCUUGGAGAAGUUCAUACAGUUAUAAUUGUGAUAAAUCCAUGUAUUAAACUUUGGAGUGAUCUUGCACUUACCAAACUGUAAUUUACACUUAUAAUAACAAAUCUAUAAGGAAAUGUUUUGGUUCAACU